AUGGAAAACUGGUCGCCGGAAGGCCGGGCGGCUAUUCAAGAUGCCUUCGAAGCAUUGUGUGAAACAGUUAGCAAGCAACUUGACAGCGAGGUCGAGCAGAGGCUUAAGGAGGACGAUCGAUCCCGCGCAUUCCUCACAGACGAGCUCGAAAUAUUGAAGUCUCGGUCCGACGAGGUUGAUCGCUUGGAAGAGGAAAACCGGAAGCUGAGGACGAAACUCCUCCAAAUCCAUCACCAAAAUCGCUCUGUCGAGUCAUCUCGAGGAAGCCCUCGGCCGAGUUAUGUCACCAACGACCAAGCCACCAACACAGACCCCGCCUCUGCAGAUGGUCCUGAGAAUGGAGGCGACCUAGAGAACGUGCUGCGGGAAAGCCACAAGCUGCGACGGAAAUACACUGCCCUGGACCAGAAUUUCAGGAUACUGAAAGCAGAAUUCAAUAAGAGAAGGGACGAGAGGAAGGAGGAGAUCAAGAAAUGGGAAGACUAUGCGACAGAAUUGGAGACGAAGAUCAAAGUCUUGGAGCAACGUGAUGGUGACGCCGAUGCGGCUGCGUACACAGCAGAAGGCCUUCAAGAGCAAAGCAGGCCGCGCGCUCACUUGGCUUCGAGGUUGACAAUCGAUCCUGAUACCGGGAUCUUGACGACACUCAGCAAUUCGCGGGCUUUGCGACAAUAUUCUGCCGAGAGAGCUCCCGUGCAAUCAGAUGUCGAGACGCAGGAUCUGUCUGCCGCAGAUACCACGGAGGGGGAGACGACAGAGGGUACUAAGGACGCCGAUGCUGUUACUCUUCCACCAUUGAGACAGACCGCCAAAACGGAUUCAGACAUUCGCAUCAAACCAGAGCCUUCCUCAGACGGGCCUAUUAUCGUCUCUGAGCGCCUUGUAGGCAAGAGAAAGCACGCCGAUUCCUCCUCAGAACAACAAGGACGACGUAGGGUGAAGAUUGAGAGCUCGAAUCUUACUACUGGCCCUAUUACUAGUCAGCUUCAACAAGAGAGCAUGGACCUGGAUGAGGUCGGUCAGAGACUAAGCACGCCACGGAAGAAUAGGUUAUGGGCUGAUGCCCUGGCCACGCCCGGUCAAAUUGACAUGGAGCGAGCUCAGACAGCCGCUCCCGUCUUUGUCAGGCGCGACAACACCAACACUCCGACUACCAGGAUACCCAACUCAACAGCGGUUCUGACACCGAUCAACCCUAACGCUCGUCCGGUACGCCCGUAUCAGUUGAACACCGUGGAGAAGCCAACAAGGAAAGGGCUCGCUCAAGGCAUAAGGAGCUUGGCUGAGGACGGCUUUGUUUAUGAUACAACGGGCCGCGAAGAGCCGGCGGGGCUUUUCCGCACCCCGCAACCUCCCGGUCGCUUGAGUACGCUAUUGAACGCACCAUCUCCAGAACAAGCCCCUGCCAUAGUACGGUCAAUACCUCGUCUUCGGGAUACAGGUCGAGCGGAGGAGGAUGGACCGCAGUUUCCCGAGCGUCGGGAAUUGCCAUUCAAUAAAGAACGCCGGGACAGGUCGAAGGAAGCUCCAAUCGGCCGGAGGGAGCACGAGGAGAACACGGAGCCCACCACAGCCCGCGGGCAGCCCAGAAAUCGUGCGACGGUCGAGGCACAGCCGCUACCCCAGAAGGGGGCAUUAAGGUCAAAGCCUGCCACUUCCCUACGGCUUGAAGAUUUCAAGGUCAAUCCAAAGUUCAACGGCGGUUCCGACUACGCAUUCUCGGAGGUGGUCAGGAACAGAGAAGACAGAGCCUGUUUGCCUGGUUGUACAGACAUGAACUGCUGUGGCCCUCAAUUUCGCGGCAUGGCUUUGGCUCAAAAGAACAAUGUCCAUCGUACCCCGGCAUCAGACACCAAAUUGUUUGAGGAUUAUCUCGGUGACAGAAUCACUAUCAUUCUGGGGAUGUCCAAGGCAGAGAGGGAAGACUUGUGGAUAGAGGCUAAAACAUGGCAACUUGCGAAUGAGUUGGGCAAACAUCGUCAUCGUUACGCUCGAAGGGCAUCUCCUCCAGGCUUCUGGAACGCGGAUUUCCCUACUACGCAGGAAGACGAGGCUGAGAGGGCAGAAGGCGAGAAGAGGGAGAAGCAAAUGAUUCAAGAACGAUAUCGGGAAGCAAUGAGAGGAGGGGGACGCUGGAUCUUCAAGGACGAGUGA